AGAUGUACGCCAAGAUUUUGUUUCAGUCAACAGUUUCAUAGGCACAACAGAAACCCCUCUACUCUCUCUCCCCUUGAGGGUGCAUGUCAAACCUCCUCUCUCGGACUUCGCACAAAGACAAGAGAGAGAAGUGAGGUUUCUCGUUCCUCCUCUCUUUCCAUCACUCUCUCUCUCUCUCUCUCCUCUGUACUCAGAGAGAUAUUACACGGAGAGAGCAAGCUAGUUACGUACAGCUGCAGAGAUGUCAGUCUUCGAACAACUCAAACAUUACCCGGAGGGGAGAGAGAGUAGAGAGAGAGACAAAGAGCAAUUAAUUAAUUAGCGUAAGAGGAGGUUUCGAAAUGACAGAAAAAACCAGUUUGGCACAAGCGUUACAUUACAUCUCACGCGUCCCAAUUUCUUUUUCUUUUCUUUUUUUUUUUAAUUUAUUGAAAAACAGCUUUGGUCAGAGUAUUUACUGUAUUGCUUAAUUACACCUUAAGCUUGUUCCGGAAAUCAUCGCGUUCUUCACCCUUCAUACACUCUUCACUCUUUACUUAAAAUUGUUCUAUCUCAUUAUUGUUUUCUUUACUUUUAUCCUUGUUGGUGGUUUUCCGGCGAGGGUGUGGCGGAGAAGAGGAGGAGGAGGAGAUGUCGCCGGUGGCGGGGAGACGGAAGUCGUGGAAUGGGGGGUCGCAGCUGCAGGGUGUGCAUUAUCCAGCACCACUUGCCACUCAUGAGGAGGUCGUGAAAAACGCUGUUGUUUUUUGGGACACUCUCCGGCGCUUCCAUUUCAUGAUCAAUACCUCCAAGUUUAUGGUUCCUGUGAUCGGAGGGAAGGAGCUAGAUUUGCACAUAUUAUAUGUGGAGGUAACAAGGAGGGGUGGCUUUGAGAAGGUAGUUGCAGAGAAGAAAUGGAGGGAAGUGGGAGGUGUUUUCAUGUUCUCCCCCACAACAACGAGCGCAUCGUUUGUGCUGAGGAAACACUACUCAACCCUUCUCUACCAUUACGAACAGGUUCACUAUUUUAGGACACAGGGUCCUUUAUCUACCCCAACACCCUCAGGUAUUCAUUUACUUCUUACUGCUCUGGUUUUUUACCCUCUUUUUUCUACUGAAGCAAUUGGCUUCUGCUUUUUGUAUCUGGACUGCGGAUAUCAUGACCUUUUUGCUCAUAAGUGCUUCCUUUUUCCGGUAUCUUUUUGCUCUACCGGCUUUUGCCUUUAUAUUUUUAGUUUUUGUUUCAGCAUCUUCCAUUUUAUUAGUAACCGUUCUGAGUAUGCAGAGAAACCAGAACUGGCGCUGGUGGAAUAUUCCCCCAAAGGCAAAGGGGCCAAAGGGAGCAAACCGAUAAAUGGUUGUCCGCUUUUGGUCACUGAUGAAGGUAGUGGAACAAUUGAUGGGAAAUUCGAUUGCGGCUAUCUCGUAACGGUGAAAUUCGGUUCGGAGACUCUCAGUGGAGUACUCUACCACCCUAACCAGCAGACUCUAGCCGGUUCUCCUAAUCCAACUUCAUCCCCCGAACCUGUCAAUGCCAUUGUACCCUACACCCCACAAAGAUCUGUUCGUGUUGCGGGUUCGAGGAGGAGGAGGAGAUCAAGGAGGAGGACAGAUCCCAACUACCCAAAACCCAACCGGAGCGGCUACAAUUUCUUCUUUGCUGAAACGCAUUUCAAGCUCAAGUCCCUCUACCCAAACAGAGAGAGGGAAUUUACCAAGAUGAUUGGCGAGUCUUGGAACAAACUCCCUGCAGAAGAGAGGCUGGUUUACCAGAACAUUGGGUUGCAAGACAAAGAAAGAUACAAGAGAGAGUUGAAAGAGUACAAGGAAAGUUUGCAGCUCAGGAUUCAGGCUGGCCAUGGAAAUUAACUAGGUCGAUUCCAGUUUGAGUUAGCUUUUCGAAAGUUUGUCGAGAGAAUAAUGUAGUAGUCUGUGGUUUCCAAACAGAAAGUUUUUGCAACCAUUUUACUCUGAGAAAUGAUCUAAAUCUCAAUCUUUAGUUUCAAACUUUCAAUGCACUAUGCACUUAGCAACUCCUUCCUUGUUUCGAUCUUUUUUAUUGUAUUUUGCUCUGAGGGUGGUUUUCAGUUUUUGUAUGAAAUGAAGCUCCAUUGAUAUCUCAUUUUAUUGCAAAA